AUGGUCGCUGUUACUGAGCUCGCUGCUCCAGCCCGCUCACCACCAGCUGUUGGCACCUGCAUCGACAAUGGCACCCUCGAACUCAUAGAAAUACUUGGCUACAGAGGUUAUGGUGUCAUCUAUUGCACGGUCAAUAUUUUCUCACCAGAUACCUCACAGGGCGCGCCGAAGACGAUCAAGAUCGAGGAGGUGUUUGAGCUCGAGGAGUUCAACGCGAUUUUCACGGGCAAGGGCAGGCUCAUCCAGCCCACACCGGAGAACAAGCCGAAGAGCACCAUGACCAUCAUGAACUUCGUACAGGUGCUGUUUGGCGAUGAGCUCAAGGCACUCAAGGGCAACUGCUCAGUCAAGUGGCCUUAUUCUCGGAAGCGCAACACUGAGCAUCAGUGCCAGCUGCACUUGCGCGAGAUGAUGCUGCAUCAGCUUGCAUCCGCCCAUCCAAAUGUCAUCACACUCCACUGCAUCAUCGAAGACUUCAAUUACACUUAUCUUGUCGUGGACUACUGCCCUGAUGGCGACCUCUUCACCCAGAUUCUGCACAACCCCCGAUUUCAGGCUCACCAUGACAGAGAAGAUGAGCACCGAGUUCUGCACGGGCCAGCCCAUGUCGACGACACUCCCAGCUCUCCAAUGAGCAGAAUAGGCCCACGAAGCUCAUCUGGGAGAGUUGGCCGCACUCAGGACCCGAUGCACUUCCUUUCCACCCUGCUCCCCAUCUCUGAGGAGGUGAACCUCCUGCUCUCUCAGAUACUCGAAGUCGACUGGCGACGCCGAAUCAUGCUGCGGGAGAUGCGUCUGUCGAUUGUCGAUACGGACAGCGAGUCAUCGGAGGAGGAGCCAGAGCCAGAGCCAGAACCAAAGGAGCUGCCAGAGGUGCAGGACGAGUCGAUGUGGAGCAAUGAUUCAGAGUCAGAAAUGGCGUUCGCGACACAGUCAGUGAUGGACAAGUCAUCUUGGGCAUAUUUGGAGUCAUACACGAAGCGCGACUCGUACGCGCAGUCCAUGUCACCCUCGCCAGAUUCCCCACUCUUCACGACGAUGAAGUUGUUCGAGAUGAUGAACACCCCCAGCGCUGCAUCUCCGUAUUUGAUCCUGUCGUCUUCGCCGUCAAUACCGUCGCUCCCUGUUAUCCCUGAAGGCGGCGAGAGUCUGCAGCCGGAAGAGUCGCAACGACCGAAAGCCCUCACGCUCUGCAAUGUGCGCAGCAUCCGCACUUGGCCAACACUCCAUGCCAUCCCAGAUGUCAAUCCUGCACCUGCACUUUUCUCAGAAGAGCUUAUCCCUCGCGUGCAGGAUUCGUCAAGUCUGUAUAUUCCUGGUUACUGGAUCGUGCGUUCUGCACCAGGCCGGAAGAUGAUGCCGGAAGAUGAUUUACUUCCUGUGCAGUGGCAGUGCAAGUCCAGCAGUCUCACAGCUGUGGCUUUCUCGACCAACAUUGUUGACCGGCCAAUUCUCUUGUCAUCUAUGAUCACAAGUGACCCGCUGACAUCUCGAUCUCGCAUUAUGCCAUAA